GACGUGCGUGAGUGCUGGCUUCGCGUCCGAGCUAGUGCAGGUUCGAAUCCGAAGUGGAACUGUUAUGUGUCGUGUCGUGAACUCUGAUAAGCUUUUGUGAUUCGGACUGUGUUUGUGUGUGUGUUUAGAAUGAAGAUCCUCCUCCUCUCGCUAUGCUGGCUGGCAGCUGACGCGGUGUACAUCAGUCGCAUGUCCACCGUGACCCGGGGCCGGCAGCCGUCGGUGUUCCGCCCCGGGGUCACCAUGCAGCGGCCCUGGGCGCCCCCCCGCCUGGUGCAGGCCGCCUCGCAUAGGGCCCCCUAUGUGCUGUAUAGAGGUGGACCUCAUAGAUACAUAUCCAAGCCCUACACCUCUGCUCCAAGGACCGUCUUCACCAUGGGCAGUGGUCAGUGGAAGACCACGACGCGGCUGCAGCACACGGCGUCUACACCAGAGUACGAGUUCGUCAGGGCGGCCGCGAGCCACGCCAGACCCAAUGGUGGUACAGGUGCCAUCCACACCAUCCCAGCGCCCAACCUGAGCCUAAGCGAGAAGCCGAUAGUCGUGCUCGAGACAGACAGUGGACAGAACACACUCGCGGCGUCUUCUGAUGCGCCCAAACAAAUCUACGAAGUGACCGAAAAGUACGUGGACCCUCAGUUCUACCACAGCGUGCUCGGGACCAAGUCCGUCGAGGCGGCGCCGGCCGGCUUCUCCAAACAUGGCUCACUAUCGCACCAGCAGGAUAACAGUAUGCUGGUGCGAAACGCGGCCGCACUGCAACUCGCUAACGAACUCGGCUUCCAAGCCGUGGCCAUGCCCCAGGGGUCCUUCUUGCCACCUCAACCUCUAACCAUACAGUUUCAGGGCUUCCACGGAAUACAGCAGAAUCAUCAAGAUGUGUUACAACCAGGAUUGGACGGUCUGGUUAUCCCUCCAAACGCAUUCUUCCAAAACAACGACCCAAUGUUCUUGCAGAAGAUACAAAACCAGCUGCUGCAGAGGUAUCCCGCUGUAGAGUUUGUCCCGUACAAUAUGAACUCAGACUUCCGACCCACUGUGCAACAGCAGGGCCAGACAUUCGUCGUAACUGAGAAUGACCCAGCACACAGCCACCAACAUCUAUCAGUGAUACCGAUUCAACAGAACGAAAAUGAUAAUCACAAGACUGUGGUGAGGGAAACGCAGGAGAAAACCGUAGUUACAUUAAUACCACAAGCCUUUGUGGCUAAGAAUGUGACAGAAAAACCAGUAGAAGUGGUAUCUGUGACCGAACCCCACAAUGUGACUGUUGAAUUGGUGACAGCUGAGGCCAAACCAGCGACGACCACUGUGAAAUAUAUUAUCGAAGCGAGUACUGAAAAUAGUCAAAAGGCCACGCCGAUUUACUACGCACAAGUGGGUCAAAGCGUUGGAGAUGUUAUUGCCAGUGGCUUCUACUCAGCAAUAAACGAUGUCAGAGCGGCAGCAGCUUUAGCACAAGUUAGCGAAACACAGAAACCAGAGGAAACUAAACAACCAGAGAGUGUAACUUCACAACAACCAACAACCAUCGCUUCGAGCACAACAACCAGUACAAGUACAACCAUCAAUCCAGAUGUAAAAACAUUCUUCAUUCAAAAUACAGACAAAAAUGAAAGCAACCAAACAUCAAAUGACUUGAAACCCCUACUCGGUGUACCCUUUACCAAAACUGAUUCAGUCAAAGUAGCCUAUACUCUAUACCGUGCUGACGACAAAGACACAAAGGUGACCCAAGAUGGCAAAGUAUACGCUGGUCAGAUAGUGGAAGCAACCAUCAGUGAGGACCAAGAUUUCAAUAACGAAAAGGCCAAUUUGAUAUCGAGGAGACCUCCAAUAAGACUUAUUCCAGUUGUGGAGAACAUUGAACCUCAGUCAACCACAACAACAACUACCACUACAACGACAACUGAAGCUCCAAAAGUAACAGUGGUCAAGGCAAAAAUACCACCCAGAAGCAAACUCACAUUCGACGACAAAACUGGAGAGCCUGUCUUGAGGAUAUACGCGAGCUACGUCGACAGUCCAGCUCAGAGAGAUAGAAUAGCGUCGAAACUCGCGAAUAUAAAACGCGUCAAAGAAGUAGUAACAAGAACACAGGAUUCAAAGGUAGAUUGGAAGGCAGGGACUGUUAAAAGUUUGGACCAGGGACGGUCCAGUUCUGGAUCGAACACAGUGACUCAGUUUGGUCUUAAACUAAGAUCGAGGAUGGACGAUAUAGCUCCUAUAUAUGACGAUAAUGAAUAGCGUUAAUUUAAUAAUAGGGUAAGGUAUAAGGUAAGAACUUUCUAAGACUGACUCUUCUGAAGCCAAUUAUUUGGGCUUGAUAUUUUUCUCCUUAUGUCCUCCUCCUGAUGUCAUUUCUCCUUAUUUAUUGAAUUUAAAUUAUUUUUCACAAAUUACGAUAAAAGUAAAAGCACAAUCUCUACUAUUCUCUACGUAGUCUUGUGGAAUUUUAUUCCUCUAAGUUCCCUUCCUUCCAAAUCUUCAGUAGUUAGAUUUUUCGUUUCAAAAGCCAUGCUAAAGCUUCGACCGUCUUAUUACAAAAUAAUAUAAAAAUGAUUUUACGUUAGAACAUGGAAUAUUGUAAUAAAUACUUAUUUCGAAUGUAUGCUUCUAGGGUUUUUUGAUUUUAUGGGAAGCCAAAUAGUGGUGCGCCAAGCUAUAUUAGUUUACCAAAAUAAUCUUGUGGUGCUACUAUGUAAAUGUAAAUAAUGUUAUUGUAAAUAAGAUUAACCUACAAAUAUUUAUAACAA